AUGGUUGACUUUAAUACUAUUGCUUCAUUCGUUAUAACUGACGAAACAGAUUUCAUGGAGCUUGAAAUAGAUGGAAAGAAGCAUGAAAUAAGAUUUCACAAUAAUGUAGAAUAUAAGAUGGAAACAUUAGCUGGAGUGUUAAAUGCUCUCAUAAAUACUACAAUAAACAAGGAUAACGAAGAAAACUUAAUGAAUGUUAAACUUAUUGCAGGAGUUUUGAAGUUCAGUUAUGCGAAGGAGUUUAAGUUAACACGAAUGAGUCAUAGAGUACAACUUCUUUUGGGUGCAUACCAUAUGACAUUUCCUUUGAAAAGUGUUGACAAAACGAUUGAGAUGAAAUCUGUUCCAUACGUAUGUUAUGGCAAUUGUUUGUACAUUGAGUCAAAAAUAGCUAAUGUCACAGGUAUUUCAGGAGUUAAUAGUAAAGGUUCAGUAGAAUAUAAAUCCUUCUGUUAUGCAGUCAAUUCAAUGUUCAUUCCAAACGUUCCUGUCAUAGCAACUCAUUUAGGUAAAUGGGUUCGCAUUAGUCCUCAUAAUUUGAAAGACAUGCAAUUCAGACUUGUUGACUUUCAAGGAGAGCCUGUAGAACUGAAGGCACCAGUGCGAAUGACUGUUGAA